GGAGAACGAACAGGAGACAGCAAAAGAAGCAUUAAUAGGAUGAAGUCAAUGGGAUGGAGAAAGACGGAGAAAAAUGAGAAAAAACAAGGAAAAUAUAUUUUUAAAGAAACAAAGCGAAAGGUUUACGACGACACAAGAAGAAAGAGUCGACAAGUAAACGAGUCUCGGGGCUACUGAAUCGUCGACUAAAUUUUAGUGAUUUAUCAAAUUUCGAACUUUGAUUUGGGGUGUAGCGCGGAAGCACCCCCUUUGAUUGGCAGCUCGUGUGGGCCAAUCGUCUCCCAUCUCUUGACCAAUGAGCGCAGAGGAGGGCGGGGCUGAUUGAAGUAUCUGUGAGGAGUUGGCGAACUGUUGUCCGGGGGAAGGUGGAGUAAAACAGCAAAGGGAAAGGACUGCCGUCCAGCAGCGAGCGUUACCAUGAUGCACCACACGACCGUCACAGACAGGACGACUCUGUACGUCCAGAAUCUAAUGGAGACGGAUGCCUUCAAUAGAGAUAAUUUUUUGGACCCUGCUGAGGAGUACAAGAUGGACUACAAACGACGAGGCCAGGCACUCAUUUUUAACCAGGAGCGCUUCUUCUGGCGCCUUGGCAUGAACGACCGACACGGCACAAACACUGACCGUUACAAUCUGGAGAUCAGGCUGAAGGCGCUCAACUUUGAUGUAAAAGUUUACGACAACUACAAAAACGAGGAAGUCCUGGAGAUAAUCCAUAAAGCCGCUGAGGAUAAUCACUCGGAUGCAGAUUGUUUUGUGCUCAUUUUCCUGAGCCACGGCGAGGACGAGCACGUGUACACCUACGAUGGCAAGAUCAGCAUCCAGCACAUCACGUCGCUCUUCAAAGGCAACAAGUGCCAAAGCCUGGUCGGGAAGCCCAAGAUCUUUGUGUUGCAGGCGUGUCGCGGAGACAAACACGACGACCCUGUGGUGCCGUAUGACGCUGUGGACAGCGAGCUGAGUACCGGCGGGGUGGUGGUUGACGCCAGCGCUGUUCAUACGCUUCCGGCCGGAGCGGAUUUCAUCAUGUGCUACUCGGUGGCGGAAGGUUACUACUCGCACCGGGAUACGAUGAACGGUUCGUGGUACAUCCAGGACCUGUGCGAGCUGCUGAGGAAGUACGGCGACUCUCUGGAAUUCACCGAACUCCUGACGCUGGUUAACCGCACGGUGUCGGCGAGGAGCGUUUUGUCAAGCAAGGACAGGGAGUCCAUAGGCAAGAAGCAGGUGCCCUGCUUCGCCUCCAUGCUCACCAAGAAGCUCUACUUCCGCCCCAAAAAGUAAAACCUCCCGCCACUUUUGCGUCCAUCCUAAAACGGCUUGACAAUCACAGGAAAGAUUCCGGUUUUCUCCGACAUUCCCUUUGGCUUAAUUACUCUCAUUUUCUGAUUCUGUUGCUUGCAUUAAAGUAAA